CUGCGGGGUGUGCGGCGGCCCAAGCGGUUUCAAACGGCUUGGAGCAGGCCUCUCGGUUCUGACCCGCCUGAGGAACUACUUUUAAUUCCAAGGAGAAACUAGAAGCACAAUGGGUGAUGACAGUGAAUGGUUGAAAUUGCCAGUUGAUCAGAAGUGUGAACACAAGCUGUGGAAAGCAAGGUUAAGUGGAUAUGAAGAGGCCCUGAAAAUUUUCCAGAAAAUAAAAGAUGAAAAGAGCCCAGAAUGGUCCAAAUUUUUGGGAUUGAUCAAAAAAUUUGUCACUGAUUCUAAUGCAGUGGUUCAGUUGAAAGGACUUGAAGCUGCACUUGUUUAUGUUGAAAAUGCCCAUGUUGCAGGAAAAACCACAGGAGAAGUAGUAUCAGGUGUUGUAAGUAAAGUUUUCAAUCAACCUAAAGCCAAAGCCAAGGAGCUGGGCAUAGAGAUUUGUCUCAUGUACAUAGAGAUUGAAAAAGGAGAGGCUGUGCAAGAAGAGCUGCUGAAAGGCCUAGACAACAAGAACCCCAAGAUCAUAGUGGCCUGUAUAGAAACACUGAGGAAAGCCUUAAGUGAAUUUGGUUCUAAAAUCAUCUUGCUUAAGCCAAUUAUCAAAGUGUUGCCAAAACUCUUUGAGUCUCGAGAGAAGGCUGUUCGAGAUGAAGCCAAACUAAUUGCUGUGGAGAUUUAUAGAUGGAUUCGGGAUGCUCUGAGACCCCCAUUACAAAAUAUAAACUCUGUACAGUUAAAAGAAUUAGAAGAAGAAUGGGUCAAACUACCAACGGGUGCUCCUAAACCAACUCGAUUUCUGCGUUCCCAGCAAGAGCUAGAAGCUAAAUUAGAACAGCAACAAUCUGCUGGUGGUGAUGCUGAAGGGGGUGGUGACGAUGGUGAUGAGGUGCCACAAAUAGAUGCUUAUGAACUUUUGGAAGCAGUAGAGAUCCUUUCCAAACUUCCCAAAGAUUUUUAUGACAAAAUUGAGGCAAAAAAAUGGCAAGAGAGAAAAGAAGCUCUGGAGGCUGUAGAAGUACUUGUGAAAAAUCCCAAACUGGAAGCAGGAGAUUAUGCGGAUUUAGUAAAAGCUUUAAAGAAGGUUUGUAGAAGCGGUAAAAUAGCACAUAAAAGUCAAAGUGUUGUGCCAACCAUUUUGGAGAAAUUCAAAGAGAAGAAGCCUCAAGUGGUACAAGCCCUGCAGGAGGCAAUUGAUGCCAUCUUCCUCACUACCACAUUACAGAACAUUAGUGAGGAUGUAUUAGCAGUGAUGGAUAAUAAAAAUCCAACCAUCAAGCAGCAGACCUCUUUGUUUAUUGCAAGAAGUUUCCGUCACUGCACUGCUUCUACACUGCCGAAGAGUUUGUUGAAGCCCUUUUGUGCUGCUCUACUCAAGCACAUCAAUGAUUCUGCUCCUGAAGUAAGAGAUGCUGCGUUUGAAGCAUUGGGUACCGCUUUGAAGGUGGUUGGUGAGAAAGCAGUCAACCCAUUUUUAGCUGAUGUAGAUAAGCUCAAGCUUGAUAAGAUCAAAGAAUGUUCAGAAAAAGUAGAACUGAUACAUGGUAAGAAAGCUGGGCUCUCAGCUGAUAAGAAGGAACUCAAACCUGUGCCAGGAAGGACUGCUGCUUCAGGAGCUGCAGGAGAUAAAGACACAAAGGAUGUUUCAGCACCCAAACCAGGACCCUUAAAAAAGGCACCUACUACUAAGACUGGUGGACCACCUAAAAAGGGAAAGCCAACUGCACCAGGAGGUACAGGGAGCACUGGAACAAAGAACAAAAAAGGAGUAGAGACCAAAGAAAUAGUGGAGCCUGAGCUCUCGAUAGAAAUAUGUGAAGAAAAAGCUUCAGCUGUCCUUCCCCCUACCUGUAUACAGCUGCUUGACAGCAGUAACUGGAAGGAAAGGCUAGCCUGCAUGGAAGAGUUCCAGAAGGCUGUUGAACUGAUGGACCGAACUGAAAUGCCAUGCCAGGCAUUAGUGAGGAUGCUGGCCAAAAAACCUGGAUGGAAAGAAACCAAUUUUCAGGUGAUGCAGAUGAAGCUUCACAUAGUUGCUUUGAUUGCUCAGAAGGGACAUUUUUCCAAAACUUCAGCUCAGAUUGUGUUAGAUGGCCUUGUAGACAAGAUUGGAGAUGUGAAAUGUGGAAAUAACGCAAAAGAAGCCAUGACAGCGAUGGCUGAGGCUUGCAUGUUGCCUUGGACAGCUGAGCAGGUUAUGUCAAUGGCUUUCUCACAGAAGAACCCCAAGAACCAGUCAGAAACUCUGAAUUGGCUAUCAAAUGCAAUCAAAGAAUUUGGGUUUUGUGGGUUGAACGUCAAAGCUUUCAUUAGUAAUGUGAAAACCGCUCUUGCUGCCACAAACCCAGCUGUGAGGACUGCUGCCAUCACUUUACUUGGUGUGAUGUAUCUGUAUGUUGGUCCCUCUUUACGAAUGUUCUUUGAGGAUGAGAAGCCUGCCCUCCUGUCACAGAUAGAUGCAGAAUUUGAGAAGAUGCAGGGUCAGAGCCCACCCACUCCAACCAGAGGCCUUUCUAAGCAUAGCACAGGGGGUGCAGAUGAAGGAGAGGAUGGAGAUGAACCAGAUGAUGGGGGCAAUGAUAUUGUUGAUCUUUUGCCAAGGACAGAGAUCAGUGAUAAAAUUACCUCAGAGUUGGUGUCUAAGAUUGGUGACAAGAAUUGGAAGAUCAGAAAGGAAGGACUAGAUGAAGUAGCAAGUAUUAUCAAUGAAGCAAAAUUUAUCCAACCAAAUAUAGGUGAACUUCCAACUGCCUUGAAGGGUCGACUCAACGAUUCAAAUAAAAUCCUGGUGCAGCAGACACUGAAUAUCCUCCAGCAGCUAGCAGUAGCCAUGGGCCCAAACAUCAAGCAGCACGUAAAGAACUUGGGUGUUCCUAUCAUCACAGUCCUUGGGGACAGCAAGAACAAUGUUCGUGCUGCUGCCCUAGCAACUGUGAAUGCCUGGGCAGAGCAGACUGGCAUGAAAGAGUGGCUGGAGGGAGAAGAUCUUUCUGAGGAACUCAAAAAGGAAAAUCCUUUCUUAAGGCAAGAGCUGCUGGGCUGGCUGGCUGAGAAACUACCUACUCUUCGUUCCACCCCUGCAGACCUAAUUCUCUGUGUUCCUCAUCUCUACUCCUGCCUAGAAGAUCGCAACGGAGAUGUGCGAAAGAAAGCCCAAGACGCUCUGCCAUUCUUUAUGAUGCAUUUAGGAUAUGAAAAGAUGGCCAAGGCUACUGGGAAACUAAAGCCAACUUCUAAAGAUCAAGUACUGGCCAUGCUAGAGAAAGCCAAAGCUAAUAUGCCAGCUAAGCCUGCUGCACCUGCUAAAGCAACGUCCAAGCCAGUGGGAGGGUCAGCCCCAGCCAGAUUCCAGCCAACAUCAGCACCUGUUGAAGAUUCUGUUUCCAGCACUGUAGAAGCCAAGCCUGAUCCGAAAAAAGCCAAAGUUUCAGGAGUCUCCUCUAAAACUAAGAGUACACAAGGAAAAAAAGCACCAGGCAAAACCGGCUUAAAGGAAGAUGAAGACAAAUCUGGGCCCAUUUUUAUUGUUGUUCCAAAUGGCAAGGAGCAAAGGAUGAAAGAUGAAAAGGGAUUAAAGGUGCUGAAGUGGAAUUUUACCACCCCACGGGAUGAAUACAUUGAACAACUGAAGACACAGAUGUCUAGCUGUGUGGCUAAAUGGUUACAAGAUGAGAUGUUUCAUUCAGAUUUUCAGCACCACAAUAAAGCCCUGGCUGUCAUGGUCGAUCACUUGGAGAGUGAAAAAGAAGGUGUUAUUGGUUGCCUGGAUCUUAUCUUAAAAUGGCUUACCCUGAGAUUUUUUGACACUAACACAAGUGUCCUAAUGAAAGCAUUGGAAUAUUUAAAAUUACUCUUUACACUGUUAAGUGAAGAGGAAUAUCAUCUCACUGAAAAUGAAGCAUCUUCUUUCAUCCCAUAUCUCAUCCUCAAGGUUGGAGAGCCAAAAGAUGUAAUUCGGAAAGACGUUCGUGCCAUCCUGAACCGGAUGUGCCUUGUCUAUCCAGCCAGCAAGAUGUUCCCCUUUGUCAUGGAAGGAACCAAAUCCAAAAACUCUAAGCAAAGAGCAGAGUGCUUGGAGGAACUGGGGUGUCUGGUGGAGUCCUAUGGCAUGAAUGUUUGCCAGCCAACCCCAGGAAAAGCUUUAAAGGAGAUAGCUAUUCACAUAGGGGACCGUGACAAUGCUGUGCGCAAUGCUGCUCUCAACACCAUCGUCACAGUAUACAAUGUCCACGGAGAUCAGGUGUUCAAACUCAUUGGAAAUCUUUCUGAAAAGGAUAUGAGCAUGCUUGAAGAACGAAUUAAGCGGUCAGCAAAGAGGCCUUCUGCCGCACCAAUGAAACAGGUGGAAGAGAAACCACAGCGUACCCAGAAUACAACCUCCAAUGCCAACAUGCUGCGCAAGGGCCCAGCUGAGGACAUGUCCUCCAAGCUCAACCAAGCCCGAGGCAUGAGUGGGCAUCCUGAGGCCACCCAGAUGGUUCGCCGGGAAUUCCAGCUGGACCUAGAUGAGAUUGAGAAUGACAAUGGUACAGUCCGAUGUGAAAUGCCAGAACUUGUUCAGCAUAAGCUGGAUGAUAUUUUUGAACCAGUUCUUAUUCCUGAGCCCAAGAUCCGAGCUGUGUCUCCACACUUUGAUGACAUGCACAGUAAUACAGCAUCCACAAUCAAUUUCAUUAUCUCCCAAGUAGCCAGUGGUGAUAUCAACACAAGUAUUCAAGCUCUGACUCAGAUCGAUGAGGUCCUGAGACAGGAAGACAAAGCCGAAGCUAUGUCUGGCCACAUUGAUCAGUUCCUGAUAGCAACCUUCAUGCAGCUCAGACUCAUCUACAACACGCACAUGGCGGAUGAGAAGCUGGAGAAGGAUGAGAUCAUCAAACUGUACAGCUGCAUCAUCGGCAACAUGAUCUCGGUAAGUGCCCUACUUGUUUUGCUCCAAGACAGCUUGCUAGCAACAGCCAGUUCUCCCAAAUUCUCAGAGCUUGUUAUGAAGUGUCUUUGGAGAAUGGUUCGGCUGUUGCCCGAUACCAUCAACAGCAUCAAUUUGGACAGAAUCCUUCUGGACAUCCACAUUUUCAUGAAAGUCUUCCCCAAAGAGAAGCUGAAGCAGUGCAAAAGCGAAUUUCCCAUAAGGACCCUAAAGACCCUGCUGCACACCUUAUGCAAGUUAAAAGGCCCCAAGAUCCUGGACCACCUCACGAUGAUUGACAACAAGAACGAGUCUGAGCUGGAGGCCCACCUCUGCCGAAUGAUGAAGCAUAGCAUGGACCAGGCUGGGAGCAAGUCUGAGAAGGAAACUGAGAAGGGCGCAUCAAGAAUAGAUGAAAAAUCAUCAAAGGCCAAAGUGAAUGAUUUCUUAGCUGAGAUUUUUAAGAAGAUUGGCUCUAAAGAAAACACUAAAGAGGGCUUAGCAGAGUUAUAUGAAUAUAAGAAAAAAUACUCAGAUGCUGAUAUUGAACCAUUUUUGAAAAACUCCUCACAGUUCUUCCAGAGUUAUGUUGAAAGAGGCCUUCGGGUGAUUGAGAUGGAGAGGGAGGGCAAAGGCCGGAUUCCCACUUCCACAGGCAUCUCACCUCAGUUGGAGGUCACCUGUGUGCCCACCCCUACAAGCACAAUGUCCUCCAUAAGUAACACAAAUGGUGAGGAGGUAGGACCAUCUGUCUAUCUGGAAAGACUAAAAAUCCUCCGGCAGAGAUGUGGGCUGGAUAACACAAAGCAAGAUGACCGGCCUCCGCUGACUUCCUUGCUCUCCAAGCCCACAGUGCCCCCUGUGGCCUCCUCCACAGACAUGCUGCACAGCAAGCUGUUCCAGCUGCGGGAGUCCCGCGAGCAGCACCAGCACUCAGAGCUGGAUUCCAACCAGUCCCACUCCGCGGGCACAGUGCCCUCCUCCUCCUCCUCUACCAACAUCGAUGACUUGAAAAAAAGACUGGAGAGAAUAAAGAGUAGUCGCAAAUGAAGCUGCCACCCUGGCUCCCUGCAGCUUAGGUUACUAAACUAGAAGCCCUCAUAGUAUGGCGUGGCCACACAGGUCGAGUGUGCACAAAGUGGCUGGAGGUAUCGGCCAGUGGAGGAGGUGACGUGGCCACCCCAGGUCCCCAAGCACCCACAGCCAACUGUGGAUUAGUUAGUGUACAGACUUGUAAACAGCUGUCCCUCAGCACACACUAGUGUCCAUGGCCUUUUUCUGUUCUUUUCUUUUUUUGACUGGUCAUUUGUAAAAUUGUCCUAAUCUUUCCUAGCUUUUAACUAUUAGAACUCUUUAAUAGUUUUUCUUUGAGUUUGUGAUCUCUUCUCCCUAUAGCCCUGAAGGGUCACUAAAUUCUGUAUGAAUGCAUGGCAUGAGGCAACUAAUUUAAGAGUCUUUUAUAAAUAAAGUUUGCAUUAACUAUA